AUGUCGCUACGCUUUCCUCUCCCAUCAAACUCGACGCCUCCAGCCUUCCUUCACCACCGGAGAUACCGAAUGACUCCUACCAACCCAUUGACCUCACCUUUCAUCUCCUGUGACCAGCACGCCUUAAACUUAAGUAUUAACAAAUUGCAUGGAAGAGACAGAUUUCCCUUAAAAAUCAAGAUGGUGAUCAAAAAACAGGUUGAAAAGAAAAGCAAAGUCCAAGAAUAUGACUCGGAAUCUGAAUCAGAAAUUGAAUAUCAUUACAAUGAUGAUGAUGAUGAUGACAAUGAUAGCAGUGUGGAGGAUAACGACAGUGAUGAUUCUGAGACAGAAAAUUCAGAAAAUGAAGAAAUAGCAACAACAAAACAGACCCACAAGAGAAAAAAAUUUAAAAGUCCAAAGCUUGAAAGAUUUGCUAACUCUGGCAGUGAUGAUGAUGAUGAUGAUUAUGUUGAUGAUGAUGAUGUUGCGAAUGACGCCAGCAGUGAAGGUGACAAUGAGGAAGAUGACGAUAACACUAUGACUGACCAACCCAGAAAGAAGAAAAGAAAGAUGUCAAAACUAGAGAAAGCCACAGACUCCGAAGAUGACACAGAGAGUGAAGAUGAUGAUGAUGAUGAUAAUGAGAGUGAAAAAGAAGAAGAGGAGGAGGAGGAGGUCACAACACGUAAAGGAUUUGCCAAUGUCCUUUCAAACAUUUUAAGCAAGAAAACUGUGUCAUCAAAAAAGGUUAUUCUUGCUCAGGGAAAGACAGACAGGGAAAUUAAGAAACUUAAAGAAAGCAAACUGCCACAAGAAGAUAAAGACUUAAAAGAACCGUUUUUGACGGCCCAAGAAUUGGAAGAAAAAAAAUUAAUGAGAAAACUUUGGUUAGAAAAGGGUAAAGUAAAACCUAAUGCAUUGGAAAAGAACCAUGAAAGAGAACUUAAAAUGAUUGCCACAAGAGGUGUUGUUCAGCUUUUCAAUGCUGUGAAAAGACAACAAAAAAUGGUCAAUGAAAAUCUUUCCAGUGUUUCUUCAGAACGAAGAAAAGACAUGGUUAUUGAAAGUAUGAACAAGAAAUCCUUCAUUAAUCUUCUUCAAAACACAAAGGUGGAUGUUUCCCUGGGACCAACAGAGAAAGAAACCCCAAAGGCUAAAGAACCAGAAAGAAAAAUCUGGAGUGUUCUUCAGGACGAUUUUGUAAUUGGCACAGGAAAGAUGAAAGACUGGGACAAGCAAGAAAGUCUGGAUGCUCUUUAA